AUCGGCCCCAGAAGCAAGUGCGCGAGAGACGAGAACACAGAACCCACUCAAGAACAGGAACGCCCUGUGACGGGUUACAAAACACAUUUCUGACAAUGUCGAAGCAUGCUGUAGUCCAGUUCGGUGUCGUUUACGCGUUACUGUUUCCAGGAGUCUUUGGUUUUGUUCGUUCUCCAAAAAACGUCAGUGUUGUUUGUCACAACUUUGUGAAUGUCCUCUACUGGAACUACAGUAACCCGACUGAACAGACAAAAUUCAGGGUAAUGGUCAAUCCUUAUGAAAGUGCUUCCCAAACAGUGGACACCUCUCAGACGUACCUUGAUAUCAGCAGUUACAGCACAGAUGUGGAAGAUGAUUACUUGGUGUUCCUGACAGCACAUGAUGGGCAAGAGAAAUCAGAAAACGUCUCCAUCAGAUUCACUUACAGCAAAGACUAUUUUGAUGAGAAGAAACAUAAAUAUAAAUGCUCUUUGGACUUUCCAGCUGUGAAUACAUCUGUCCACAAAGAUGUGAUCGAAGUGUCCUUUCAGCACCCUUUCAUGCUUUAUAAGCAAGAGAUUAUGAAAGAAGAAUUUAUGUACACAAUCACACAUGAUGAGCAAAUGGUAGAAUACUCAUGUUUUGAGGAGGAUGAACUGUGCAUUGCAGAAGUCCACUUUAACCAAAGCGUUGCUGGACAGUGUGUGGAGCUGAAGCUUGAAGGGGUGAUUGCUGGUAUUCCUUCAUAUACCUACAGAAACAUUUGUGUCCCUCAGCAGCCGCCUGAGAACGACAAAACGGGAAUAAUCGCAGCUUUGAUAGGCGUAGGAACCAUUAUACUCUUCGUUAUCAUGGGCUUUGUGUGGCUGCUUUGGAGGAAAUGGUCCAAAAUCCCCAAAAUGCCUCAAGGUUUGUGGUGCAUUAUCUCCAGGCAGUCUCAUACAAUGCUUCUUUCCCAACCUGAGCCGACAGACAUUUGUCCAGUGACAUCACAGGGACAUUACCUGACUGAGGAAGACCAAUCAGUCUCAACACUUGAUGACACCGGAGCGGAUCCCCCUGUGGUUUCUGAAGAGGACAUGGAGGGUAGCAAUUCUAAAGGCAUUUGCAGGUCGUCUGACUAUGACAGUCCUAAAUUCCCACAGGAGAUGAGUCCAGGGGACAAUACUGAGGGAUACGACCCUCAACCUCCAGUGAUUUAGGUCUAAACGUGUGUAAGAACACUGGAAGGUUUUUCCAUUUCUUGUGGAAAGAUGGCUUGUUCACACCAAGUCAUUGUCAUAAUUUUUUUGGACCAUUACCAAUUUCACACACUGAUCAGUAGCCUUGUGUUGUGUGCACAGAAACAAAGCUGUGUACAAUGCAGGCAGUGACGUCUGGUUCUCACAGUGGCAUGAUGUGUUUCCCACUAACCUGCAUUAAACUGAAUGAAUGUGUGAAUAAAAUAUUUUUGCUAGUGAAACAAACAAGUAAAAACAGCAAAAGUAAAAGGUAAAAGUAAAAAUAUGAAAAUGAAAAUUAGACUAUGUUUUACUUAUCCCAGAAGCAUCCUAGGUGUAUAUGACUUUCUUCUUUCAGACAAAUCCAGUCUGAGGUAUUUAAACAAUUGUUCUGGCUAUUCCAGCCUUUGUCAUUGGAGUCAGUGGGUGUUACAGUCGAACAGUCCAUCAAAUAAAGCCUGCGCAUUCGUAAUAAAACGUGCUGCAGACGGCUCCGGGGGAUGAAUAAAGGCUCCCUGUAGCGAAUCCAUGAGUUUUUGUAAGAAAUAAAAAAUCCAUAUUUCAAAUGUAAUAAACACUUUUCUCUUACUUCUGCUGACUGUCAUACACUGAAGCAGUUCCGGCAUAUGCAUGGCAUUAAGUGAUUAGUGACGAAUGCAAAGAGAAAACAAA